GAGAGGAGAGGAGAGGAGAGGAGAAUUCGAAAUCGGAGGUGGUAGCCGAGUAUAGACCGAAGCUUGAAACCAACGGCACCCGGUAGAGUGAGACGGCUGCGAAGCGCGAGGGAAGAACAACGAGCGAGAGCGAGCGAAGGAGAAGAAGAUAAACGGGAGAGCGGCGGCGAUACCCCCACCCUCGGUCCGUCUCAUCCCCACCCCCCGAACCUCCCCUUCUUCCCCUUACCCGCCCCUACCUCUCCUUCCCACCGAACACGAACCUAACGAACGGCAAGCGUAGCGUCGAGUAGACCGCAUCCCAAGUAACGUACCUUCGUCCUCUCUACCUUCUCUUCCUACCUACGUGGUAUCGCGCGUCGAACGCCGCGUAACCGUCGCCGCCAACGCCGGAUUCGCUUAACCAACCAAAAACUACGAUAUAUCGAUAUACCACCGUGCACAGAGGGGCUACAAAGCCGACGCGCGUGUUACUUCGCCGAGAAACAUCGUCGUUCAUAAGUUUCGUUCGACUCUUUCGUUUAGUUUGAUUUUUAAGUUUUUCGUAAACGUGUGCGGAAUAUAUAUGUAAAAAAACAUACGUACGUACCCGUCUGAGAACUCAUCGUCGAGUAAAGUGUGCUUUAUCGAUAAUAAUAAAAGAAGUCGAGGGGAAAAAGAGCAGUUGAGUGUUUAUCGUAUACGAGGGAAUUAUACGGAAGAUACCGAUAAUAAUAAUUAUAACAAGAGAAACGGCUCUCGAUAUUGUACCAGGGUGGCUUUUGUAAACCUUGUGCGUCUCCGUAGCUAAAGGAGCAGCCCUUUCGGUGUGCCGUGCGCCUGGCGGUGAACGAAUACGAAAACGUUUCGACGGGGAACAGGAACAGGAACCAGCGACCAGCAUCGGCAUCGGCAUCGGCAACGACGACAUCAGCAGACGCCGACAAAACGUUCGUGGUGUGACAGUGUGCCUUGGUAUAUACCUAAUAACUAUAUUUAAGCGGUAUCCGUAUAAAGAGAAAAAAAUAUAUAUACACGCACACGCGCGUAUUCCACACACACACACACACACCCACACACGCACGCACGCACACACACUGUACAUAUAAACACACACGCGCACGCACAAGUUUCACGAUACAGAUAGAUAGAUAGAUAGGAGAGAGAGAGAGAGAGGCAGAGAGAGAGAGAAAGAGAGGCAGAGAGAGAGCGAGAGAGAGAGAGAGGAAGAGAGAGGGAGAGAUAAAUAGACAGAUAGGUAUAUAGAAGAAGACGGAGAAAACGGUUACAUACGCAUACACGCGGGGGAUAAAUAAUUUAGUAAGCGCGCGCGGCAUUAGCUCGACGUACGAAUGAGUGCGUAUAGGGGUGCGUGAGUGUGUGCGUGUUGUGUGAAAUAACCAAACGCCGGAGAUAAAGUGACAGAAGGACGUGUGUGACAUGUCGGAACACCACCGCGUUGGCGGUGGAUGGGGCACAGCGUCCCCGGGAACCCGUGAGGAUGGAUCCGGUGGACCCGUGUGGUGGCCAGCCGGUCUCAACGCGGUAUCACCUGAACAACAACAGCAAAAUCUGCAGCAACAUCAUCAACAUUUGAUCAAUCAACAGCAACAACAGCAGCAGCAGCAACAACAGCAGCAGCAACAGCAACAGCAACAACAACAGCAACAAUUGUCCCAGCAUCACCAGGAUAUCGUCAGAAGUACAGCGGCCGCUGCGGCAACUCAGCAACUUUUCUCAUACAAGAUGGCCUCCAGCUUCCAAAAUCCAGCAACUACCGGCACUCAGUCGACCGUUUCGACGUCCGCGCCGGUGGGAUCGUGUAUGCGGGGGGGUUACGAUUACAGGCUCGGGGGUGGAGGUGGAGGUGGCGGUGGACCCGCGGCACCCCCCAGUGUUCAGUGGUGGUACCCAGGAGGCGUUAUGGAGGCACCGCAAAAUAAUCUUCACCAACAACAGCAACUUCAGCAGAGCCAACAACAGCAGCAACAGCACCUUUCGUCUAUUACUACGCAAGCUUCCACGCCCCCCAUUAUGUCCCCGCAUCAGAUACAGCAGCUACCGCAACAGCAAAAUAAUCUGCAAAAUAACGUGCAGGGCUUACAGCGAGCAAAAAUGCCGAGAGGAAAGGCAGCGGAUGCUAAGCCGAGGGGGCGAAUGACUGCGUACGCGUUCUUCGUACAGACUUGCCGUCAGGAGCACAAGAAGAAGCAUCCCGAAGAGAACAUUGUAUUCCAGGAGUUUUCCAAAAAAUGUGCUCUCAGGUGGAAGACUAUGUCAGACAAGGAAAAGAAACGCUUUCACGAGAUGGCUGAGAAAGAUAAGAAGAGGUACGACGCCGAGAUGCAGAACUACACCCCUCCAAAGGGUGAGAGCAAAACAGGCAGAGGAAAGAAACGCAAGCACAUCAAAGAUCCAAACGCACCCAAGAGAUCAUUGUCGGCCUUCUUUUGGUUCUGUAACGACGAGCGUGGUAAGGUCAAGUCUUUGAACCCGGAAUACGGAGUCGGAGAUAUCGCUAAGGAGCUAGGAAAGAAGUGGUCCGAUGCAGAACCAGAAACCAAAUCCAAAUACGAGGCUAUGGCAGAGAAGGAUAAAGCUCGAUACGAAAGGGAAAUGACUGCAUAUAAAAAGAAGUUGAAGACCGGCGGACCUGGCGUCGGAGCCCCUGCAAUCGCCGUGAAGCAUGACAGCGAGGAGGAUGCGGAGGAGGAAGACGGUGAAGAGGAUGACGAAUAACGGAUGCAGUUGAAACUCUGGUCCACCACCCCGUGUCCUUGAUAUCCCCAAGCAUACCUCACCUACUGUACAUACCAUUGACCUUAGCGUGAGCGUACUUACACCACUAGGAGAACAAAUAACUAACCACCAUCCCCUGAUUAUUUACAAUAAUGAUAAAAGUACCGCGAUUAUAAUAAUUAUUUUAAAAUUGUAUGUAUGAGUGAUGCGAGCGGAGAUUGUAUGAGAGUGACAUUUGUAUUUUAACAUAUUGAUAGUACAUAAAACAUGUGUAAAGUGGUAUAGGAUAGAGGAACGAAAAGAUAACCUAUCAAACCCUUUCGAUUGGGGGGUACAGGGACUUGAAAAACCACCCGCCAAUACUUAUAAUCUGCUCUACUCGCAACGUGAAUCCAAGUGCGGAGAAAAGAGAUAAUUAGAAAAAGAGGAAAGAAUGACAAAAAAUCACCGAAAUUGUAAAUCGAAUAACAAUAGUUGCUGAAUUUGUAAAAUCAUUUUGUUAUAACUGCUGCCUUGUAAUCGGUCCCUGUCCUUACCAUAACAUCCUCCCUCUUAUAAUCAUUAUUAUUUUUUUCAUCAAUAAAACAAAAUCAAUUAUAUACAUUAUUAUUAUUACAUAUUAUUGUUGGCGUUCGUUCGUUCGUUCAUUCAUAUUCAUUUCCUUUUUUUUCGAAACUUUCUUUAGUUAUUUUUUCGUUAUUAUUAUUAUUAUUAUUAUUAUUAUUAUUAUUAUUAUUAUUAUUUCUUUGCGUAAUAUUCGUUCGUUUCGAGAAAGCGAGAUGAUACAUAGUGUGUUGUUUUGUACUGCCUUGAGUCACAUGGUGUACAGGAGGCUGUAUUAUAAUAAAUUAUUGUGGUUUUCUCGUAAUGUUAACAUUCCUAGAUCCUAAAUAUGUACAGAUCCCAAACAUUGAGAUUUGAGCCAACUAAACGGAAGGCAUAUUAAAAAAAAAAAGUAUGUAUAACUAUUAUGUUACUGAUGUACUACUUAUUACUACUAUUACUACUACGACGUUGACGGAGAAGAGCCGAGAAAAAAGAAUACCUUGUGACCAUGGCUAUUUAUAUGACUAAUUAAUUGCGUGCGUGCGAUGAUUACGAAUAUGAUGAUACGAUGAUGAUAAUAUGAUAAUACGACAAGCUCUACGGAGAGAGAGAAAAAAUAAAAUAAUAAUAAAAUAAAAUGAAAAAGAGGUACUUUCAAUACCUAAUUGAACGCAUUAACUACUCCUUUUUCUUAAUUUAAAAGAUGGGAAAAAAUAAUAGUGACUAAAAUAAACCCUGAGCGGCAAGUAAUCGUAACUACAGUAUUUAUUAUUGUUAUUUUACUUUUUUUUAUUAAUUAUCGUUAAAAAGUCAUCGCAAUUUACAGACUGACUGCACCUAUUGACUUGGCUCACGAUCAGCAGCUACAGUUUAGCCGCCACUGACGACGUAAAAAAAAUAACUUCAUUCUCCCCUGCUGCACACUGUCACAUAAAAAAUGAUUGUAUUAUUAUAAAGAUGAAGUAAAAAGAAAAAAAAAAGAGAAAGAAACCUGUUUUUUAGAGGGAGCUAGAGGACGAAUACUGUAAAAUAUGAAAUUGUAAUAUUUUAAUACUGAUUUGCAGAAUGUGCAUAAUUUUAACAUAGCUGGUUAAAAAAUGAAUUGUACUGAUACGAAAAGAAAGAAAAAAAAUAUAUACGAAGAACACAAGAAAAAAACUGCAACCAACAAUUAUAAUAUAAAAAAAAAUCCAUUUGAUGGAGGUAAUAAUGAAAAACAAAUAUUGAAAAACUCAUGACAGAAAGGAUUCUCUGUGUUAUUUUAGGGAAUCGUAAUAGUUACAAAAGGAAAAUGUUUGUUUUGUAUAUCUCUUAGGGAUAAAUAAACUUUUCAAAAAAUA